AUGGCAACAGCAACCCUUUCAAAUCAUUCAGCUUAUUCAGCAGCUGGUAUUUUAUCUUUGUUGGAUGAAAAUGAUUUCGACCUUCAGGAAAUGGCUCUUAGGAAGUUGGAUCAAGUUGUGGAUCAAUACUGGGCCGAAAUUUCUGAAUCCGUUCGUAAAUUGGAAUCGUUGUAUGAAAAUGAAAAAUUCCCAAAUCGUGAAUUAGCUGCUUUACUUACCUCCAAAGUGUAUUAUCAUCUUAACGAGUUUGAUGAAUCUUUACAAUUUGCUCUUGGUGCUGGAAAUUUAUUUGAUGUUAGUAAACAAGACGAUGAUGAAUAUGUUAAUAAGAUCAUCAGCAAGUGUAUUGAUACUUACAUACAAACAAGACAAAACAAUGGAAAGGAGGAUCCAAGAUUGACAAAUAUUGUAGAAAGAAUGUUUGAUAGAUGUCUGCAAGAAGGUGAAUAUAAACAAGCUUUAGGAAUUGCUAUUGAAGCUAGAAGAUUGGAUAAAAUAACUCAAGCUAUCAAAAUUUCACCAAAUAUCAAGGAAAUGCUUAACUAUACAUUUGAUGUUGCUAUGAAUCUUAUUGAAUUAAGAGAUUUUAGACAUAAUGUUUUGAAGCAAUUAGUUGAUAUUUAUAUGGAAGAUAAGGAAAAUACUGACUACUUUGCAGUGACACAAUGUUUAACAUUUUUGGAUGAUGCUAAAUCUGUUGCUAAUAUUUUACAUCAAUUAAUUACAUCCAAUGAAGUUAAUGAUCAUGCUAUUGCUUAUCAAAUUGGAUUUGAUUUACACGAUCGUGCACCACAACACUUUUUGGUUUCUGCUCGUGAUGUACUUUUACAAGAUCCUAAGGCUGAGGAACAAGAAACACCUCUUGCUAAACUUUUAACUGUCCUUUCAGGAGAAAUUACUAUUCAACAUAAUGUUGACUUUUUACUCAGACACAACCAUACAGAUCUUCAAAUUCUUAACAAUAUCAAAUCAUCAUUUGAAAGAAAUUCUGUUCUCCAUUCUGGUACAAUUACAUCCAAUGCUUUUAUGCAUGCUGGUACAACUGUAGAUAAAUUCCUUAGAGAUAAUCUUGAAUGGUUGGGUAAGGCCAAUAAUUGGGCUAAAUUCAGUGCUACUGCCAGUUUGGGUGUUAUUCAAAAGGGUAGAAUUAAGGACAGUCUCACUAUUUUGAAGCCAUAUCUUCCAUCAUCAGGUACUGCUUCUACCGCUAGUUCAAGUGUUUAUUCUGAAGGUGGUGCUCUCUUUGGUUUGGGUAUUAUUCACUCUAAUCAUUUAGCUAAUGAUAUGACUCAAUAUUUACUCAAUGUUGUUUCUAAUCAAUCAGCUGAUCCAGUUGUCCAACAUGGUGCUUGUUUUGGUUUGGGUUUAUGUGGUAUGGCUACUCAAGAAGCAGAACUUUAUGAAAAGAUGAAGGAUGUCAUGUUUUUGGAUAAUGCUGUUUCAGGUGAAGCUGCUGCUAUUGGUAUGGGUCUCGUUAUGUUGGGAAGUGGUGAUGAUAAGGCCAUUGAUGAAAUGUUGAACUAUGCUCAUGAAACUGCUCACGAAAAGAUUAUUAGAGGUCUUGCCAUGGGUUUGGCUUUAACUGUUUAUGGUAGAGAAGAAGAAGGUAACAAGUUAAUUGAUAGAUUGACUAAUGAUAAGGAUCCAAUUCUCAGAUAUGGUGGAAUGUACGCUAUUGGUUUGGCAUUUGCUGGUACUGGUAAUAAUAAUGCUAUCAGAAAAUUGUUGCAAGUUGCUGUUUCUGAUGUAUCUGAUGAUGUCAGAAGAGCUGCUGUUAUUAACUUGGGUUUCCUCCUCUUCAAGUCACCAAAACAAUGUCCAAGAAUUGUUUCUCUCCUCGCCGAAAGUUAUAAUCCUCAUGUAAGAUAUGGUGUUGCUCUUGCUGUUGGUAUUUCAUGUGCUGGUUCUGGUUUAAAGGAAGCUUUGGAUCUUUUGGAACCAUUAGCUUUGGAUAGAGUUGACUUUGUUCGUCAAGGUGCUCUCAUUGCUCAAUCAAUGGUUUUGAUGCAAUUGAAUGAAGUUCAAGAACCAAAGGUUGCUGAUUUCCGUAAACAUUUGCAAAAGACUUGGUCAACCAGAGCUGAAGAAGUUAUGUGUAAAUUAGGUUCAAUCCUUUCUGCAGGUAUUUUAGAUGCUGGUGGUAGAAAUGCUACAAUUUGUUUGCACAGACAUGGUAAUAACAAGAUGAGAAAUAUUGUUGGUCUUGCUCUCUUUACUCAAUAUUGGUUCUGGUAUCCAUAUUUACAUUUCUUAUCACUUUCUCUUGAACCAACUUCAAUUAUUGGUUUGAAUACUGAUUUGAAGAUGCCAUCCCAAUUCACUUUCAAGAGUAAUCAAAAACCAUCCAUGUUUGCCUAUCCACCUCCACUCAAGACUGAAGAAGAAAAGAAGGAAGUUACUGUUGGUCCUGUUGCUGAAUUGUCUCUCUCUGCUAAGGCCAGAGUUAGAGAAGAAAGAAAGAGAAGAAGACCAGAAGGUAGUGCUACUCCUCUCCUCACUCCUCUUACUUCAACUCCAACACCACAAGUUGAUCCAAAGCAACUACCAUCACAACCUUCACAAACAGAUAAGGAUACAAAGAAACAAAAGAAGAAGAAGGAACCAACUUCUGAAUCUCUUACAAAUCCUGCUCGUGUAACACCUUCACAACUUAACUUUAUUUCAUUCGAUACAACCAGUAGAUAUGUUCCUAUCAAAUUAUCUUCUUCAUCUGGUAUCAAUUUGGGUAUUAACGUGCUCAGUGAUACAAAACCAGGUGAAGAUGCUGAUAUUUUAACACCUCAAGCUGGUCAAAAAUCAGAAGAAAAGGAAGAAAAUGAACCACAACCACCAGCAAGCUUUGAAUGGAAUUAAAUCCAAUUGUACAAAAAUAAAGUCUUAAACUUGAUUGU